ACUCGAAGGGUAAUACACUGAAAUAACGAAAUUUGGUGGGAAUUCAUGAAGUGAACUGAUAGCAACUCAUUUGCACACUGGUCAGCAUCGAAAUUCUCAAAUAGAGUAAAAGCCGGAAUGUCCGCCGAAGUGGAGGAGAUGCUGAAGCGCUUCCAGUCCAUGAAGAACGUCAUCGGCAUAGUUGUGGUGGAUAACGACGGCAUUCCCAUCAAGACGACCCUGGACUACAGCCUGACCCUCCACUACGCGGCACUGAUGCAAACCGUGCGGGAGAAGGCGCGCCAGGUGGUCCUGGAUCUGGACGCCACCAACGAGUUCACCUUCCUGCGGCUGCGGACCGAGCAGCACGAGCUGAUGCUGUGCCCGCAGGAGGAUUACUUCAUCGCGGUGAUCCAGAGCCCCAGCGACUAGAGUGGAGUUAAGCAGGCUAUAUAUUGUACUAUAUAUGGGGCAGAGUGUUCAGUAAAUGUUAUUAAACUACCAGCAUUUCGUCAUUAACAGCA